UCUAGAUCUGCAGCACCGGCCCGGUGCAGUGGUGAAGAACACAGCCCCGAGAGACUUUUCCCGUGGAGAUGCAUUUAUGGUGGGAGAGGGGUAUUAUAGUCUGUCCAAUCACUGCUCAGCCCGGGAAAUUCAAAGCCCCAACGGGUUCUCUGAAGCUCUCAGCCAAUCAGAGGCUGUGCUUCGCCUAUAUAUUGCCGGACAGACGCCUGGCGUUUCACAGCUUCUUGUGCUUCGCGGACGCGUACGGACUUCGGAGGAUGGCCCGUACUAAGCAGACCGCUCGCAAGUCCACGGGUGGCAAAGCGCCUCGCAAGCAGCUGGCCACCAAGGCUGCCCGCAAGAGCGCCCCGGCCACCGGCGGUGUGAAGAAGCCGCAUCGCUACCGGCCCGGCACAGUGGCGCUGCGCGAGAUCCGGCGCUACCAGAAGUCGACAGAGCUGCUGAUCCGCAAGCUGCCCUUCCAGCGCCUGGUGCGCGAGAUCGCGCAGGACUUCAAGACUGACCUGCGCUUCCAGAGCUCUGCCGUCAUGGCGCUGCAGGAGGCCAGCGAGGCCUACCUGGUGGGGCUUUUCGAGGACACCAACCUGUGCGCCAUCCACGCCAAGCGCGUCACCAUCAUGCCCAAGGACAUCCAGCUGGCGCGCCGCAUCCGCGGGGAGAGGGCGUAAACCUCGGGCUGCGUUUGGAGGCUGCUGGCUCCCACUCUUCCCAACCCCAAAGGCUCUUUUAAGAGCCACCACAUGUCCAGGGAAAGAGCUAGAAUUCUAUUUGCAUUUGAGGUAAUGAAACUAUUCCUUAAGGCACUUCAGCACAAUAUUUUCCUACCUGGUUUAAACCUGUUCAUAUGAGCUCGUGGCUACUGCUAGUUGUACAGGUGAACCCCAACAUAAACCGCGCGUUAAUCUAGAAAAACGGUAUCGUGAAGUUUGAACUAGGUUUGCUUUUGUUUUGCUUUGCGGCGUGGGGAUGUAGCCUUCCACACAAAAUAAGCGAGAGCUAUAGUCUAGCGAUGGGGCUGAAUGACAAAGCUUGAUGCCCAUGCGGUCUUUAUGUUGGACACAGCGCCUAUUUAUUACAGAAAUGUAGUACUGGAGCAGUAUUUAUUUGAUACGAAAAUGAAAUGGAGCAGAUUACUUAGUCAUAUCCUGGAUUGAAAUAGAUGCGCUUGCUUACGAUUCAGUGUAGAAAAAUUGGAAUUUGGAGACCUUGGAAAGCAGUAGGCUAAAGAUAAGGAAUAAAAAGGAAGUUAGUGGUGUCCUAGUGUCGCACCUUCCCCCCUCCACUGUCCCCGACAUGUCCGAUAUUUAGAGCAAGGCAAAAUUAUUAAUAGAAACCAGGACAUGCAAACUCACCAUAACUAGAGUGGCAUAAAAACACUUUCAGUGCAAGCAUUGGUGGUUCAGUGGUAGAAUUCUCGCCUGCCACGCGGGAGGCCCGGGUUCGAUUCCCGGCCAAUGCAGCAUGUGUUGAUUUUUUUUUUUUCUUUUCUCCUUGGAACUGCAGUGCAAAAUAUUCUGAUUGAACUUAAAUACAUUUUAGAAAUGUAAGGUGCGUAUUUUGCAUAGUACCACGAGCUUGCAAAUAAACCCCAAAGCUUUCCCUCCUACUUCAGGCCAUGGCUUUUUCUCCUCCGAUUAAAUUGUGCUCUUUGCAAUCUAUCUUCAUUAAGACCCAGCUAGAUGAUUUUUAAGACCCAGCUGGGAUGAUUUAGCUGGGGCUGGGACUGGCGCUGGUCCUGCUUUGAGCAGGGGGUUGAACUAGAAGUGGCCUCCUGAGGUCCCUUCCAACCCUCAUUUCCUAUGAUCCUAUGAAAUAAAAGAAACAGGUUUCAUAGUUUCAUAGUAGCUGGGGUCAGGAGGGACCUGAUCAGAUCAUCUAGCCUGAUCCCCUGCCACAGGUAGGAAUGAAUGCUGGGUUCACAAGACCCCAGACAGGUGAUCAUCUAACCUCUUUUUGAAUUUGUCUAACGUAGGGGCGAGGAACACUUCCCUGGGAAGUUGGUGUCAUAUUGAAUGAAAUAGUUUGAAUGUUUGUAAUAGUUGCCCAUUAGCCAGUUUAGGAAGAAGACAAGAUUCAUCUUCUUAUCUAGGCCAUUGUUUUGGUCUACGUGCGGAAGGUCCUGACUUUGCUCAAAGUCUUAACUCUUGAAUUUUAUCUUUAGAGGCCUUUAACAAAGUUAACCUAAAAAUGACCCUUAAGCAAAUAUCCCACAUUCCAAGAAAUCAAACCUAGGAGCCUUUUUAAAAGUCAAUUCAGUGAUAUGGAAAUUCCUCAAAGUAAUUAAAAUGAUCAACAAAAGAAACUAAUUACCAAGCAAAAGAAUCUGUUAAGAAAGAUCUGAGCCCAAAUUUGGGAAUAGUGACAAGUUUGGGUAGGAGGGGCCCAAGAUGGCAACUCACUCAAUAAAAACUGUAACCUACUGUCCCAAUUUGGAGGUAACUUCACUUGCAGAACAACGAAGGAAGAAUCACAAGUGUAGGCUGGAUCAGACUGAUCACCUGAACCACCCUCUCCCUGAACACGAAUCUCUUAGUUCACGCUGAAACCACGGAGCACCCAAAAGGGACUGAAGGAAGGGGACUUAGUCCUAUCAGUAUUGAGGCCAGCCCAUUGAAUUGGAUUGCUGAGGCCAGCCCAUUAAAUUGUACUACUGAGGAAUGAAAGGAUAUUUAGGUGUUUGGCUUCUCAGAAUUCUAGGAUUGUAAGUAUAUUAUGAAAAUAAUAGUAUUGAUUCAAAUUUAACUUUUAGUUGUAACUGUAGUUGUUUUUGUAAUACUAAUUCUUAUAGCAUUGUUUGGGAAGGAAGUGCAUUUCGAGCAUUGUUUCUGAUAUAUGUAGUUAUUGUGUUCUUAAUGUUUGUGGUAUUUCUUAAAGCUAAGCAGUGUUAUAUGCAUAGCAAAGAAUUUUAAAAUAAAAUUGUGUUGUAUGAA